GAAGAAAGUCACGGUCAAUAAGGUUAAAUUAUUACCGGUAAAAAAAGUUGAGAAGGUAAUUAAAGCAGUGCAUGAAGGGUCAAACAUUCUAUAAAUUAAACUCCAACCAUCAACCUUCUUCUUCACUCCCAUCAAAGCAGCUAUCUCUCUCCUUCACAUUCCAUUUUCUCACUUCUCCAAAAAGCUCUGCAUUUUCUCUAACAGAAUGUUCAUGAGAAUAAUGGGUCUUUUGGGGGUUUUCCUGUUGGGUUUUGCUGCAAUGGCAUCCUCUGUUCAUGGAUACGAUGCUGGGUGGGUCAACGCACAUGCAACUUUCUAUGGUGGGAGUGAUGCUUCAGGAACAAUGGGUGGAGCGUGUGGGUACGGUAAUCUUUACAGCCAAGGAUACGGGACCAACACUGCAGCAUUAAGUACCGCACUGUUCAACAACGGUCUUAGCUGCGGCGCGUGUUUCGAGAUCCGGUGCCAGAGCGACGGCGCGUGGUGUUUACCUGGUGCUAUUGUGGUCACAGCCACCAACUUCUGUCCUCCCAACAACGCUCUGCCUAAUACCGCAGGUGGUUGGUGUAACCCUCCACUACACCACUUUGAUCUCUCUCAGCCUAUCUUCCAACGCAUUGCUCAAUACAAAGCUGGUGUUGUCCCUGUUUCUUACCGAAGGGUUCCGUGUAAGAGAAGGGGAGGCAUAAGAUUCACAAUCAACGGUCACUCUUACUUUAACCUUGUCUUGGUUACCAAUGUUGGUGGCGCCGGGGAUGUUCACUCUGUUGCGGUUAAAGGUUCAAGAACAAGGUGGCAGCAAAUGUCAAGGAACUGGGGGCAAAACUGGCAAAGCAACAAUCUUUUGAAUGGUCAGGCUUUGUCCUUCAAGGUUACUGCUAGUGAUGGUCGAAUCGUUGUCUCUAACAACGUUGCUCCUGCUAGUUGGUCCUUCGGACAAACCUUCACCGGCCGUCAGUUCCGUUGAAGUUGUGUCAACUUCGGUUUAUAUAGUUUAGGGUUUGUGGUAGUGUGGAGGAGAGAGAGAGAGAGAGAAAAGAGGGUUUAUGGCUUUUUAGGGUUUUAAUUUGAGAGCCAAUAAACUUUUUUCAACUCUGAGGGUAAAAUGGAGAAAAUGGCUUAUUUUAAGGGCCCUUUUAGUCAUUUUAAGGGUUAGGGUUUAUAGUAAGUGAGUAUCUUGUAGAGUGGUGUGCAUCUUUUAGCACAGGGACCUCUAUGUUUCACCAAUGGUUUCCUUUGUUUUAUCACUUUUUAUUGUCUUUUUUUUCAAGCUUCUGUCUUUUGGUUUAAACCGGUUAAAAAGCAGAAGCGGGGUAGGGCAGAGAUGGUAAUUCACCACCCGCCAUGUGUUUUCUUUCUUUCUUUUGAGUCGUUUUUUAUGUUAUGAAAUUGUAAUGAAAAUGCUGUGUAUAUCAGCUUGAUAACUGUUUUCUUAAUUGAGUAUGAACUUUCAUGUGUUUCGUUUGA